AUGGUGUUGACAGUUCCAAUCGGACUGUGGUCAGGUCGGAAUGUCAACUGUAAAUGUACCUGCUUCGGUCGAAUCGAGUCCAACCUUGACAAUGUCGAGUACUGGAUUUAUGCUACCUUUGAGAGCGGCCAGAUCUUCAUUUGGAAGGUUUCCGAUCAGAACAUCAUCCACAAAAGCGUCCUAAUACAGGACUCUGAUGCAUCUCCGAUAGUGAGCACAUCAUCUUACGGGAAGAAUCAUCUAGCAACGCUUUCCCUCUCCGGGUUAAUUCAGUUUUGGCAUGUUCCUUCUGGCCGCGUAGUAUUCUCAAUUCAAGCGUCUGAUCGUCUUGGAGGUCUUGUUACUCUCUCUGAAACAUUGAUAGCUGCUUUCGGCGAACUCAGUGAAGUCCUUGUUUUCAGCACAAAAACUGGAAAGCGCGAGUUCUCACUUUGCUGCCGUUUGUACCCGGACUGGAUAACUUGCGGGGUCUCAAUAAAUGUCCCCGAUCUAUCAGUUUUGCUCGGCAUAACGGCAGGUGGAACUUUGAAAGUAUGGCGCGUCUCAACAGAGCCUCAACAAUCGCUAGAAGAGCCACUUUGGGAGGAAGAGUCGAAGCAAAUCCGAUCAUGCGAGCAUCCGAUUGUUCUGAAAUUAAGGAGCGAAUACGCCCUUGUCGUCUGUAAGAAGUCCUUCUUCAUCUUGGACUCAUCGGAUUUUUCAAGCAUAUCUUAUCAGUCGAUUGAUAGCGAUUGCCUCGUCGAUGGAUUUUUCCUUCAAGCAAGUUCAAACUUCGCCAUCGUGUCGGAGAACAAAGCUCUGAACUUGUCAUAUUUCACGAUCUACUCAACAGCGAACCUUAAGCCUCAAAGUGCGGAUGACCAAUCUCCGCAGCUCAUUUGGCGAACGUCUGCUCCCCUGCACUCGAACUUUCAACUUUCUGGAAAACGUCUUCAUUCAAUUGCUCCUUCUCUUGAGAUCUCUACAUAUGUAGCGCAGGAAGAUUCACUAAUUGAGAUAGCUAAAACUGCUUCUUGCAGUGGAGUUGAAGGCGAACUUGAUGUAUUUUGCACGAAUGACUCCUACAUCACUGCGGUUUGCUUUGUUGAAGAAAAGGAUACCCUCAUAUUUGGUCGUUCUGAUGGACAUCUUGUUAUCGCUCCUGCAAUUCCUUCUUUUGCAAAAUGUGUUUUUGAUAUUAACGAAGACGUAGAUGUCUUUACAUCUGCAGUAGCCAAUUACGCCGAGAUCACUUGUCUCAUGUACCCAUACCAGCAUAACACCGCUUCAUAUGACGACGAUGUCUUUUUGUUGGUAGCGCCGACUUCUCUGUCUCAGCAUGGUCACUAA